CCGCUGAUCUGGCAACCGUACACUACACUGAACGAGAGAGGGCGCUACGACUCUGUGUGAUUGGCCGUUGGCGGAACAGAGCGGUGUGUGAUUGGCUGUUGCAGCGUCGGAGUGGGCUGAGUUCUGUGUGUGAUUGGUUGAGCGCAGGGACGGAGGGGGAAAGGCUGAGCUGAUCAGCUGGUCUCUGCAGAUAUCUGACUCCUGCAAAACAAUGUAACGUCAGGGAGAAAAAGUGCUCAAUGUCACAAUCGCCGGGAGGAGAAACGCCGGAUCACACACACCGCCGCGGAGCAACCGGAUCCAGCACGGCUGAAAGAUUUUUUCAUCAGCACUACCGCCUGAUUGAGAGAGGAUACGCGCGGGACUGCGGUAUAAUCUCUCCAGUCUCAUCUGUGUGUGUUUACCUUUGCUGUUUCACUUUCAGUGAUGCGAAAGCGAAAAACCAGCGCAGACCAUGACAGCUCGUUCACGGGUACACUACUGGAAGGCAGCUCCGAUCUAAAGCAGUGCCACAAAAAGACAGACGCUGCUUCUGAUCCAGGAGGUUCGGGGACAGCGAUGGGGAGACGCUACAGGAGGGGUGGUCUAAUGUGGAGGCUGAGGAAGAUACUGAUCUGGGUGCUGGGAAUCUACAUCACCAUCCCUGUUAUCAUCAAAGUCUGUCCAUCAAUACAAGCAAAAUUAGUAUUUUUAAACUUUGUGCGAGUGCCAUAUUUUAUAGAUCUGAAGCGACCACAGGAUCAGGGCUUGAAUCACACUCGCAAUUUCUACCUGCAGCCCGAGGAGGGAAUCAACAUUGGAGUGUGGCACACAGUGCCUUCAGUGAUGUGGAGGGAGGCUCAGGCAAAAGAUGCUGAAUGGUAUGACAAAAGCUUCCAGUCCAGUCAUCCUGUCAUCCUGUAUCUCCAUGGAAACGCUGGAACAAGAGGAGGGGAUCACAGAGUUCAGCUGUACAAGGUUCUUUGUUCAUUAGGCUACCAUGUAGUCACAUUUGAUUAUAGAGGUUGGGGUGACUCUGAGGGAAGCCCUUCAGAGAAAGGCAUGACAUCAGACGCUCUCUUCCUCUACCAGUGGAUAAAGCAGCGGAUUGGCCAGAAGCCCCUGUACAUAUGGGGUCACUCGCUCGGCACAGGAGUGGCCACUAACCUAGUGAGACGGCUCUGUGACAGGGGAAUGCCCCCAGACUCCCUAAUUUUAGAGUCACCAUUUACCAAUAUCAGAGAGGAAGCCAAGAGCCAUCCCUUCUCUAUGGUUUACAGAUAUCUACCAGGCUUUGACUGGUUCUUCCUGGAUUCUAUAACUGCAAAUGACAUUCGUUUUGCCAGUGACGAGAAUGUCAACCACAUAUCCUGUCCGGUUCUGAUCCUGCAUGCAGAAGAUGACGCUGUUGUACCCUUCCAGCUUGGAAAGAAGCUGUAUGAUUUGGCAGCUCAGAGCAAGAGUCUGAACGGUCAUAAGGUUCAGUUCAUCCCAUUCCCCAGCUCUCUGGGCUACAGACACAAGUUCAUCUACAAGAGCCCACAGCUACCAAAUAUACUCAGUGAUUUUCUCAGUGCGCCGCAUCCUCACGUGUAGUCAGGAUCAUUUCAGCCGACUGCCCUCUCUCACACACUCUCAGUUACACACACAUACACAAUGUACGUGAUCUGGACCAUGUACUUCAUGUGUGCAUGCACACACAAGCAUGGACUGAAGAUGCACCAGUUCUUUUGCAUUCCUUUGUUAACUUAAAACCUACGGAGGGAGAAAGUUAUUAUCAUUUGGAGAGUGACAGGGCUGGGUGAUUUCUUACGCUGCUUCCUGUUGCCAUGGUAACAGAUCUGAAGGGGCAGCUGGAGCACAAAGUAUGCAAAAUAAUAUGCAGAUAUGCACUGAAAUAAUGCUUAAGUCAACAACCCUCUUCUAAGGAGAGACAUAAUGAUAAAGUUUUAGCGAUGGCACUGCGAAGACCACACAAGGAUUACAGUCAAUGGGAAGAAGCAGGACAACAUAUUAUAAUGAUGUUAUUGUCAGUGCUUGCUGACUGCGAUUCACUCCUUUUUUAUGAACAUACAAUAACAAACUUGACGACAAUAUCAUGGACCUUAUUUCAAUUCUGAAAUCCACUCAAUGUAAACAGCGAGUUGUUUUAGGUUGAACUUUAAUUGUGUACAAUAAAUGUGUCUUUUCUUUUUUUUUCUGUCUUUAUUUUUCUCCCAAUUUAAAUAAUGAUUUAAAUUGCAGAAUUUUAUGCUGCCUUGGCAUUAAAACUGUGAUAUUUUUAUGGGAUGUAUUGUGCUUGUGCUGUUGUGUUUAGUUGAUACUAAUGCAACUCGGCUGCAAUCAGAACAGAAUGCGCUUUUGAAAUGACAAUUUUUCCCUCUCUAAAUCCACAGAUGUUUCAUUAUUUUAAUGCAUUUGGUUGAUCAAUACUAGUUUGCAUGCCUGUUACUGGAAAAAGAUUGUUGCACAGUCAAAAGAUAACAAAACUGUAUGAGAAAACCUUUCCUUUUCUUGGUUAUGUGGGUUAUAUAGC